AUGGUCCACCCGUCAGCGCGCGCCGUUGCUGUCGCUCCGCGGCAACACGAGCGCCAUACAGAGCGUGCUGCUGGACGCGAGCGAGGAGAGAAAGGAUUAUGCCUUACCCCAUUCCGUCCCCCGUCCGCGCAUCUAUCUCCCCCAUCCCCGCGCCGCCAGUCGCUGCGCGGCAACACGAGCGCCAUUCAGAGCGUGCUUCUGGACGCGAGCGAGGAGCUCGCCGUCGCGGGCGGCGCUGCGGGCGCCGUGAAGCUCUGGGACCUGGUGGAGGGGCGAGCCAUCCGCACGAUGACGGGCCACAAGGCCGCGCCGAUCGCGCUCGACCUGUACUCCGCGGGCGGGCUGUGCGCGUCGCUCAGCCCCGCGGACGGCACCGCGCGCGUGUGGGACCCGCGCCAGAAGGAAGCCGCGCACGUCUUCCGCGGAAUGGGCGCGGGGGACGCGGGAGAGGGCGGCGGAGCUGUGGGAGGGGGAGGGGCGGAGGGGAGGGGAGCGGGAGCAGGGGGCGGAGCGGAAUGCGGGGGGAAGGGCGGGAAACCUGUAGGGUGCGUGCGGUUCAGUCCGGACGGGCGGUGGGUGGUGGCAGGCGGCCAAGAUGGGCGCAUCAAGCUGUUCGACCUGGCGCAGGGGCGGCUGUUCGCGCAGCUGGCGGGGCACGCGGGCGCGGUGGCGGCGCUCGACUUCCACCCGCAGGAGCUGCUGCUCGCGUCCGCCGCGCGCGACCGCACCGUGCGCUGGUGGGACCUCGAGUCGCUUGACUGCGUUGACUGCGCGCCGCCCGGCGCGGGCGGCACCACCGCCCUCGCGUUUUCCCCCCAGGGGGACGCGCUCUUCGCGCCCUGCACUGACCACCUCAAGUUCUUCCUCUGCCCUGGCGACUUGACAAUCCUCUUGCCAUCCGCCCCGCCGCCCCUCCCGCUGCUGCUGCCCGGAAUCAGACGGUAUGUGCGGUCGCCGCAGCGGGAGGGUGGAGGGGUGGGGAGGGGUGAGAGGGGCGACCGGGGGAGUGCUGCGCGGUGCAGCAGCGAAGGCGGCUGGUGGGGCAGGGAGGGCAAGGGGGGUCGAGGGGGGGUUGUGGCAGCAGUGGUGUUGGGUCGUGAUGAUUGUGGUGAUAAGGGUUGGAAUAAUGGAGGGUAUACCACGGGAGGAGACACCAGUACUGACGACGAGUGCACGAGUCAUAGACUGGCACGUGGCGGCUCGGGAUCGCAUGGUGCUACCACCACCACCACCGCAGCUGCUGCUGCCACUACCGCUAAUGGGCAUACAGCCUCUCGACGCAGCUCACACAUGCAAGCCCUGGCGUCUCCUCGCCGCUCCCCUCCCUCCUCCUCCCCUUCCAACCCCACCAGUCACUCCCCUGCCCCUGCUGCCUCUGCUCGCACUGCUCUUUCAUCUUCUGCCACUCCCGUUACAGUCACACCAGAUGCACGCGUGCCGUUCGCUGCUGCUGCUGCACAUCCUGCCUACCCCGCAGCUGGUCGGGCCAACGCUGCUGCCGCUGCAGCCUCUGCUGCUGCCACCACACCAGCCACACCAGCAGCAGCAGUGGCAACACAGGCAGCAGCAGGGAGGGGAGUGCAGGGUGCGUUGACAGGGCGGUCGCCCAUAGUGGACCUGGUGUCUCUUGAGGCGCCUCACAAGGUGGCUUUUGAGAAUUCUCAAAAAGGGCGGUCACCCAUAGUGGACCUCGUCUCCCGCGUCUCUGACUGGAUCGGGUCGCUCUCCUCGCAGGAGCAGACGGGCGCGGGCGAGAAGAGGGGUGGGGGGAGCGGAGGAGGGGAGAGGAGGAAGACGGAGAGGGGAGGGAGUGAGGGGAGGGCGGGGGAGAGGCAGAGAGGCAAGGUAGAGGAGGAGGGCGGGGUGGAUACCAGGAGUGGUGGUAGGGGCGCCGAUGCUGCUGCUGGUACCGCUGGGGGUGCGCCUCGUGGUGCUUCUGGUAGUGCUGCUGGUGGCGGGGGUAGUUCCUUUGGCAGGCUUGGGCAAACGGCUCGGAGAAUGACCUUUGGGUCAGGUGGUAGCGGGGGAGGCAGUAAUGGGGAUGGGAGUACUCAUGCUGCUGCUGCUGCUGCUGCUGCUUCUGGUGCCAGAGGCAGUGGUACAAGGCCUGGACUGGCUGACGUGGAGGGUUUAGCCAAUCAGAAGGUAGCAGGGAGCGGAGGAGUAGGGAGAAGGGUGAGUGGGGAGGAGGAAAGGAGGCGUGGGCAGGAAAAGGGGGAGGAGAGCGCAGUUGGAGCAGCAGAGAGGGGGAGUGGCGCAGCGAUUGGAGCAGCCGCUGCUGCUGGUGGUAGUGGUGGUUGCGUGGUGGGGAGAGUGUGGGAAGGGAGCCUGGGGGCAGGGAGCAUGGGGGGUGUGGAGGCGAGGGCAGGUGCCGGGGUGGCACAGAGGCGGAUGGGAGGAGGGGCAGGGGACCUCAUUCCCUUCUUGCGAGAGGCUGAGAGGCAGGAGCAGCUGCAGCAGCAGGAGCAGCAGGCGCAGCAGCAGCGCCACCACCCCCAGCAGCAGCAACACUACCACCACCCCCAGCAGCAGCAGCAGCAGCAACACUACCACCACCCACAGCAGCAGCAGCAGGGAGGGGGGCAGGCGAGUGAGGAAGAAGCAGCAGUGGUGGCGGCAGUGAGGGAUGGGCACGAGGGGGUGGUGCGACAGCUGGCAGCGCGCAGGCAGGCGGUGCGGCAGGUGGGGGAGAUGUGGCGCGACGGGCUCGUGGCGGAUGCUCUGGCGUUCCUGGCGGUCACUGCAGAUGAAGGGGCGGUGCGGCAGGUGGGGGAGAUGUGGCGGGACGGGCUCGUGGCUGAUGCUCUGGCGUUCCUGGCAGUCACUGCGGACGAAGGGGUGGGGGAGAUGUGGCGCGACGGGCUCGUGGCUGACGCCCUGGCGUUCCUGGCAGUCAUUGCGGACGAAGGGGUGAGUGGGGGGAAGGGAGGGAGUGGAGAGUGGGGGAAGAGGGUGGGCUGGGAGGAGAGGGUGAGUGCGGAGGAGGGGGUGCUGGUGGAUGGUGGUUCAGCGAUGGGCGCACAGGGCAGCAGCAGAAGCAGCAUGGCAGCAUGCUCCCCCUCCCUCCCCUCCUCACCUCCACUGACUGCCCUCUUAAACACCCCCCCUCUCGUUCCCCCUUCAUCCCCACAGGUGCUGGUGGAUGUAGUUUCAGCGAUGGGCGCACAGGGGAACAGCAGCAUGGCAGGGGGGGGAGUGGGGGGUGGAGCGAGCGCCGCAGUGCAGUGCCUGGGAGUGGACGGCUGUGCCGCCCUGGUGCCCAUUCUGGGCGGCUUGCUGGCAAGUGCGCACUCCAGCCGCGUGCACGCCGCCCUCCUGCUGCUGCGCGCACUGCUGCGCUGCUACGGUGACGGGAUCUCUGCCGCCCGCUCUGCCGUCCACUCGCCAGGCGUGGACCUGCACAUGGAAAUGCGGCUGCAGCGCUGUGCGGAGUGUGCUGAGGCCUUCCACUCCCUUGCCCCCCACCUGCACACACUGCUGCACAGCGGCAGCAAGGAGAAUCGCUCGCUUGCCACCCAAGUGCACAUGCUCACAGCCCGCCUCUCUUCUUAA